GGCGAUACAGCACCAUAUACGCAGUAGCCUACAAGUGAUGAUGUCUGCCCCGUGUAUGUGCUUCUGUCACAAUUUCAUUCCUUGAUACGCAUCAUUCCGAAAAGGACCAACAUCCCCAUCUUACUGAAGACGACUAAAGCUUUUGGUGAUAAUGAAAAAGUAAACAACUCCAUCACACACCUCCAAGACAGAGUCUUUAUCCGACAGUCCACCUUUAAGCCCUCAGAACUACCAGAACGGAACUGCCUCCCGCUACCAGCCCAAAGACAUUCUGCCCCACGCCCUGGUCUGCUUUAUCAAAUGCCCAAAAACAGCAAGGCCGUCAAGAGAGAGCUUGACGACGAUGUCACAGAGUCUGUCAGGGACCUGCUAUCCAAUGAGGACACGUGUGAUGAUUCCUUCAAGAAGAGCUCGCUGAUUGUGGGUGGCGGCGGAGGUGAUGGGGAAGGAAAGGACCUUAAUGGAGACAUGGACGUGGAGGAUGGAGGCUCGGACGCAGAGGAUGAUGCAGCGAGACCAGCCUGGAACAGCAAGCUGCAAUACAUCCUAGCCCAGGUGGGCUUCUCUGUAGGCCUGGGCAAUGUCUGGAGAUUCCCCUACCUGUGUCAGAAGAAUGGAGGGGGGGCGUACCUGGUUCCCUACCUCAUUCUGCUGAUUGUGAUUGGCAUCCCCCUGUUCUUCCUGGAGCUGUCAGUGGGGCAGCGGGUCCGCAGGGGCAGCAUCGGGGUGUGGAACUACAUCAGUCCUCGCCUGGGGGGCAUCGGUUUCGCCAGCUGUGUGGUGUGUUUCUUUGUGGCCCUCUACUACAACGUGAUUAUAGGGUGGAGUCUCUUCUACUUCUCCCAGUCCUUCCAGCAGCCUCUGCCAUGGCACGAGUGUCCCCUGGUCAAGAACAAAACCACUACGUACGUAGUGCCUGAGUGUGAGAAGAGCUCGGCCACCACCUACUACUGGUACCGCGAGGCUCUGAACAUCUCUGACUCCAUCUCUGAGAGCGGAGGCCUCAACUGGAGGAUGACCAUCUGUCUGCUGGUCGCCUGGUCCAUGGUCUGCCUCGCCAUGAUCAAGGGCAUCCAGUCCUCUGGGAAGGUGAUGUACUUCAGCUCGUUGUUCCCUUACGUGGUGCUGAUCUGUUUCCUGGUUCGGGCUCUGCUCUUGAAAGGCUCUGUGGACGGCAUCCGACACAUGUUUACCCCCAAGUUGGAGAUCAUGCUGGAGGCCAAGGUGUGGCGUGAGGCGGCCACACAGGUCUUCUUCGCCCUGGGCCUGGGCUUCGGAGGCGUCAUAGCCUUCUCCAGCUACAACAAGCGGGACAACAACUGCCACUUUGACGCAGUGCUGGUCUCCUUCAUCAACUUCUUCACCUCUGUGCUGGCCACCCUGGUGGUGUUUGCCGUGCUCGGCUUCAAGGCCAACAUUAUGAACGGCAAGUGUGUUGCGCUGAACACUAAGAAGAUAGUGGGUUUGCUGGGGAACGAGAUCAGCCGUGAUCUGAUCCCCCACCACAUCAACUUCAGCGCCACUGUGAGCGCUGAGGACUACCAACAGAUGACUGAUAUCAUCAGAGGGGUGACAGAAAAGGAUUACCAGCUUCUGGGCCUGGGCUCCUGCAGCAUCGAGGAAGAGCUCAACAAGGCAGUGCAGGGUACAGGCCUGGCCUUCAUCGCCUUUACAGAGGCCAUGACCCACUUCCCUGCGUCUCCCUUCUGGUCUGUCAUGUUCUUCCUGAUGCUGGUUAACCUGGGCCUGGGCAGCAUGUUCGGAACCAUCGAAGGCAUCAUCACACCCCUGGUGGACACCUUCAAAGUCCGCAAGGAGUUCCUCACAGUGGGCGUCUGUCUGCUGGCCUUCUUCAUCGGCCUGCUGUUCGUCCAGCGCUCUGGGAACUACUGGGUGGCUAUGUUCGAUGACUAUUCUGCCACACUGCCUCUGCUCAUAGUGGUCAUCCUGGAGAAUGUGGCUGUUGCGUGGGUCUAUGGGACUGACAAGUUCUUUGAGGAUCUGAAGGACAUGCUGGGCUUCACUCCGUUCCGGUUCUACUACUACAUGUGGAAGUACGUGACCCCCCUGCUGCUCAUCCUGCUGCUGGGCUCCAGUGUGAUCCAGCUGGGAAUGACUCCACCCAGCUACAGCGCCUGGAUCAAGGACCUGGCCAGUGAGAAAUCCCUGAGCUACCCUCCGUGGGGCCUGGCGGUCUGCAUCUCCCUGGUGGUAAUGGCCAUCAUGCCCGUGCCCGUGGUGUUCUUCCUCCGCUACUUCAACAUCAUCGACGAGAACGCCGGCGUCGUCUCCACCAUCUCAUACAAGAAGGGCUGCAUCAUCCAGGAGAUAGCCAGGCCCGAGGAGGAGGAUGACGCCAGCCUCAUCCAUGCCAAGUCACCCUCGCCCAUGCCCGGCAACAGCAUCUACCGCAAGCAGAACGGAGGGGUUCCCGAUUCCACCCCCAACGGCCGCUAUGGUAUUGGUUACUUGAUGGCCGACAUGCCGGACAUGCCCGAGUCAGACUUAUAGCGUGGUGUUUCUGGUACUCCGCCCUACUGGCUGGCCAACCAAUCCCUCUUUUGCGUGCGUUUAGUCGUGGGAAUCGUCAUCUGCAUAUUUUUACUCUUAUAUUUUUACUGUAUAUUCUUUGCACCCCUUCAUGUUGUCCUUUUCCCGU